UACUCAAGUCCUGGACUGCUUUGGAGAACCUGAUCCUGAGACCUCAGCACGAUGUCUUACCAACAACAACAGUGCAAGCAGCCCUGCCAGCCUCCUCCUGUGUGCCCACCCCCUAAGUGCCCAGAGCCUUGUCCUCCUCCACAGUGCCCAGAGCCUUGUCCACCCCCAAAGUGCCCAGAGCCUUGUCCUCCUCCACAGUGCCCAGAGCCUUGUCCUCCCCCAAAGUGCCCUGAGCCCUGUCCCCCUCAGCCAUGCCAGCAGAAAUGUCCUCCUGUGCAACCUCCUCCAGCCUGCCAGCAGAAGUGCCCACCCAAGAGCAAGUGACUGCUUCCGCUCUCACCAGGAUCAAGAGAGGAGAAGGAAAUCUGUCUCUGAGGCUUCUGUAGAAAGACUGCCAUCUUCCCUUCAAAGUCUCUCAUGGAUGCAUAAAAAUCUUCUCCACUCUCUAUCCCCCAUGUUUCUGUGUUGAUUCCUCAUAAGGAAAGGGUUCAAUGAGGUUGGUCUGCUUCUGCCUUCAUGGGGCUGCUGAGAAUGAUCCUUCCACACUGGUUCUGUGUACCUGCGACUCAGGGUGAAGACCAGAAUCUUUCCCCCCUGGGCUCUGAGAGAAUGUUUUUCAAAACUGUCAAUCAACUCGGUUGCAUUGUUG